UUAAGAUUCUAUACUGGCAUUUGUAUUUGAAUAGUUUAAAAGUAACAAUCGAUAUGAAUUCUUUAAGAUUUUGUGCCAUUUUAUUGCUAAUUUUUCCCAUAUUCCAUGUUCAAAGUAAAGUUUAUACAACCACAAACAAUAUUACUUAUUAUAUAGAGGAUAGAUAUGCGUUUACCUGGUAUGAUGCUCAUCUAGAAUGUAGCACCAGAGAUAUGGCUCUUUUGACAAUUGAUAGCAGGGAAAAAUAUGAUGAUAUUUAUGAGCUAUUGAUCGGUGGAACAUUUGCCGAUAAACCUCCUCAUCUUUGGAUUGGUGCUAUUGGUAUUAAUAGGAAAUUUGCCUGGACUUUAACGGGUAAACCUAUAAUCCCCUCAUUAUGGUGCAACAUUUGUCCUAAUAAUCAUCCCCACAAUGAAAAUUGUGUUCAAUUCUGGGGCAAUGAACAUGGUUUGAAUGAUUUAAAUUGUGAUUCAAAAAUUGGUUUUGUUUGUGAGGAUCGUAAAAAGCAAGAAAAUUGCAAGGAAAUAAAAUCGAAUUGUAUAAUAAAUAUUAUGCAACAUUAUUGAAGUUAUUAUGAAGUGUGAAAAUUGAAAUGUUAAUAAUAAAAGAUAUUUAUAGGAAAUG